AUGCACAUACUUAUUGCCAAUCUCGCUGUGUCGGACCUAAUCGUAGGUGCUGUGCUGGUGCCAUUAACGUUAGUGGGAGAUUUUACUGGUUUAAAAGAAAGGAACAAAUACUAUUGCCUUACGGACAUUAGCGUUUUUGUGAUCAGUUUGGGUUCAUCUUGUUAUAAUCUACUAUUGAUAUCUAUAGAGCGAUUUAUUGCCAUCAUGUACCCACUAAAAUCGAAGGUUAUUCUAACUAGGAGGAGACUAAUAACGCUUAUUGUUUUUGGCUGGAUUGAUGUUACUAUUGUUGCGACUUUGCCACUUUUUGGAAUCACCAACUACACUGAUGGAAGUCACUCUUGUGUCGCAUUGAAAAAAUCAAGGGUUCCAAUGCCAGUUACAGCUAGUAUGAAUACCAAUGUCAGAAAGGAUUUUAACCAUGUUUUAACCAUGGUUAUAGUGCUUGGAUUAUUUAUUUUAUGUUGGCUUCCAUAUGUUAUAAUUGGCGGUAAGCUUGACACCGCGCUCCUUGCUUUUUCAAAGAACAGUGAACUUGUUCUUGACCCGGGGGCCCCAAAUGCAAUCCCAUGA